UAAAUGAGAUGUGAACAAGAGGGUAGGGCUGAGAUAGGGAUAUUUGAGAAGAAAGAUUGACAAUUACACACAUUUGGGACUAAGUACAUUGUAUAUUAUAGGAAACAACCGUUAGAAGGAGAGGGGUGGGCCCCAUACAAUUACACGCAUUUGGGACAAAGACUUUGACUUAUCUUGUACAGACAAAACAUUUUGCAAGUCCUGUAUCUUUCUUCUCUCCCACCCCCUCUUUCGGUACGGGUUGAAUUGAAUUAAUUACAAUAGCUCAUGGAUGCCAUUAUAAAUAAGCCCUAGGAGUAGAGUCUAAUAUGUACACAAAAUUAAACGCUAGCGGCCAUGACAUCUUUAGAGUUUCAUAAACUCUGCCUUUUGGCUUAUUGCCUUGUCUUAUUCGUACAACUUCUUUCACCACCAAGUUGCUCUGCUUUUGCUUCUGCUACUUCUACCACGGAAGCAGAAGCGCUUCUCAAAUGGAAAGCCACCUUUCAAAACCAUACCCGCCUGCAAAAUCUCACCUUUUGGGCUUACCUACCUGCUCAUGCAAAAGCAGCCCCAUGCUUCUGGACUGGUAUUUCAUGCAAUGUUGUUGGAAGUGUCAGUGUGAUAAACCUUACCAAUUUUGGGAUACAAGCUAAAAUCAGUUCCCUCUCCAAACUCAUCUCCCUUGAUCUUUCUAACAAUUGGCUUAGUGGUUCAAUCCCAACAUCCUUAGGUCUGCUCACAAACCUUUCCACUCUUUAUCUACAUAGUAAUAAUCUUUCUGGCAUUAUUCCUAAAGAGAUAGGGAAUUUGAAAUCUCUUGUGGACCUAGGAUUGUCUGAGAGUCAGCUCAACGGUUCAAUCCCAACAUCCCUAGGUCAGCUCACAAACCUUUCCACUCUCUAUCUACAUAGUAAUAAUCUUUCUGGCACUAUUCCUAAAGAGAUAGGGAAUUUGAAAUCUCUUGUGGACCUAGGAUUGUCUGAGAAUCAGCUCAAUGGUUCAAUCCCAACAUCCCUAGGUUAGCUCACAAACCUUUCCACUCUCUAUCUCGGUAGUAAUAAUCUUUCUGGCACUAUUCCUAAAGAGAUAGGGAAUUUGAAAUCUCUUGUGGACCUAGGAUUGUCUGAGAAUCAGCUCAACGGUUCAAUCCCAACAUCCCUAGGUCAGCUCACAAACCUUUCCACUCUCUAUCUCCAUAGUAAUAAUCUUUCUGGCACUAUUCCUAAAGAGAUAGGGAAUUUGAAAUCUCUUGUGGACCUAGGAUUGUCUGAGAGUCAGCUCAACGGUUCAAUCCCAACAUCCCUAGGUCAGCUCACAAACCUUUCCAUUCUCUAUCUACAUAGUAUUAAUCUUUCUGGCACUAUUCCUAAAGAGAUAGGGAAUUUGAAAUCUCUUGUGGACCUAGGAUUGUCUGAGAAUCAGCUCAAUGGUUCAAUCCCAACAUCCCUAGGUCAGCUCACAAACCUUUCCACUCUCUAUCUCGGUAGUAAUAAUCUUUCUGGCACUAUUCUUAAAGAGAUAGGGAAUUUGAAAUCUCUUAUGUCCUUACAAUUGUAUGAGAAUCAGCUCAGCGGUUCAAUGCCCCAAAAUAUUUGCUGUAGUGGACAACUCGAAAACCUUUCAGUGAUAAAUAACCAU